GCUGUUACAAGUCCGCUUCAAAACAAACCUCGUGAAAGAGUCUGGGCCUUGAGUGCUGGUAAUCUCACGAUUUGCCGUGAGGGUCGUCAUUGUCCACCCGUGUUACUUUGAAUUUAUGCCAUGACUUUUGUUCGCAGUACCACGGGAGGCUCUCUGAAGUGGAUGGAGAUCGAUUUCGAAGACGAGCCGCCCCGGGAAUCUUCGAGCACCCCAGGACCCAGUAAGCGUCCUCGACCCUCAUCUCAUUCCCAUGCUGUCCGAGAACCACCAACUAAAUCAUUGAGCGAUUUCGAUUCCCGCCCUCAUCACGAACUCUGGUUGGCCAAAUACGAGCCGAAAUCGGUCAAAUACUUGGCUGUUCAUCCAAAAAAGGUCGACGAAGUUCGGCAAUGGCUCAUUACCCGAAGCCGUAAAAAUCCAUCCCCAAGUCGAAUUCAGUUCAGUCCGUUGCUAUUGCUUACCGGACCCUCAGGUAGCGGAAAAACGGCCACGAUCCAGGCUUUGAGCGCUGAACUAGGCUGGUCCGUUCAGGAUUAUACUUGUCCCCAUGAUGUGGUGGCCUUUCAACGGGACCACGAACGAACGGGACCCUAUAUUCCAAACGACGAGAUCGCCUUCACGGGACAAUGGCACUCCUUUGAACAGUUUUUAUUGAGAGCUAACCGAUAUCGUUCUUUAACGGAUGAUGCCAGCUCUGGCAACGGGAGGUUGGUCCUCCUGGAAGAUUUCCCAUCAGCCGUGUGGGCUAACACGGCGCGAUUCCGGCAGAUCCUCAAGCAAUACCACUCUAGCUCCCAUGGAGACCCGUUGAUAUUGAUUGUGAGCACGACCUCUUCUUCUCAGCAUGAGUUGAACCGCCUACUGCCCCCGCACUCCCGAUCUGAGUUGGGUUUAGAUGUGAUCACUUUCAAUCCAAUAACGGCGGGCAAUAUCUCCAAAGCCUUGAGGGUCAUAGGAGAAACGGAAGCCAAGACUGGUAGAUCUGACUUUGAAUUUCCCACUGUAGAGUCCCUCCAAUCUUUGGUGGAAGCCUCGAAUGGGGACAUUCGAGGGGCCAUUAAUGCAUUCCAAAUCUCUUGCUUGAAAGGUAUAGGUGAAGAUAGAUCGAUGUCCAAGCGACGUUCCCUGGUGUUCCCCAAACACUCAACAAAAACAAAAAAAUCAGGCAAACGCACCAACACUGAACCAAAUGCCACCAAAGGAGCCAUCGGCUCCAGAGAUUCCAAUCUGGACUUAUUUCAUGCCAUUGGGAAGGUCGUUUAUGCCAAACGAGGAGAUCAUGCGGAACAACAUCCGUUGUUAGAUUUUCAAAAACAGUGGGCCCGGAAGGAGCUCAAAUCGAAUCCUGGUGAUAUAGUUGAACUUUCUCCAAUGGUGCCUGAAAGUUUCACCUGUUUCCUUCACGAGAAUUAUCUCUCAUUCUUUUCGAACAUAACGAACGUGGCGGAAGCUGCUGAUAUUCUAAGUCAAGCCGAUGGAUUAUUCCGUCAAUGGAACAGUACUGGUAAAAUUUCGUUGGAAGAAUACGGAGCAUUGAUAUCGGUGAGAGGGUUGAUGUACUAUAAUGUUCCUCCUGCCAGCACCAAGAAUCAAAUGCGGACAUUUCGGAAACCUGAAUAUUUUGGUGCUAAAACAAAAGCGGAAGAGAGAAUGGAAGCUCUCAAGGCUGCCCUGGGAACAAGUGGCAUUGGAAGCACAGAACUUUUUACAGUACUUGCCCCUUACGUUAUUCAAUGCCAGCCGCAUAGUCUUCCCGCGAAUUGCCGCGAACUAGCCCAAUUCACAGGACAAUUUCGAACGCCUUUCCCUGCAAAAGAAACACAACCGGAGGAUUCUGGAGAAAAUCAAGAUUGCGUCGACGGAGAGACAGAAGAUUUUUUCAUUGAGGAGUUCUAGUUUUUUCACUUAUUCAUCAUCCAUUGUCAAUAUUCGCUAAUAGACUUUAACAAGGCAUUUGCUCUUGCUCACGAGAACUCCAUUGCUCGGUGUUCGUUCUCGCUGCUCAUUGUAGUAUUGGCUUCUGUUCUGGAUUUGCCAAUUUCGUGAUUGUCUGAGAUAUCGUGGGAUUAGUGGUGGGAUUAGUAAGAUGAAGUUCCUAAUGUGUGCUACCUUGGUCUUCUUGGCCGUACAGGCCAACCAAGACCCUGUUUAUGUGGAACCUGGAACCGAAAAUAUUGUGGACGAAACUCAGAAGUCCAUUCAAGAUUUGUUCAAAAUGACCGCUAAGCCUUCAGACAAAUAUUCGGGAGAGACUUGCUCUGAUGGGAUAGCUCGUCCAAAACGCGAAGCUUUGGAAUACGUGCCUUGCAAUGACCUGAAGGAAUGCUCUAUUCCUCAUUGCUUUUGCACUACCAAAGGCAUCUGGCCACCAUUCCGUGGGGUCAAAAACGAACACGACUUUCCCAUUCUACCUCAAGUGGUGGUCUUAGCCUUGGAGGGGGCAGUCACUCCCAACAACGUCAGGUUGUUCCGGGAAAUAUUUGACGCCGGCUUGAAUCCGGAUCAGUGCAUGAUCUCGGGCACUGUCUUUACUCCUCUCAAGGACAGCAAUUUUGUUCUUUUAAACGAGUUGGAUAGCAGAGGUAACGAAAUCGCCUUCCUACCCGGUCAUUUCACUCAAAACGACGAAGGUUACGCUGUUAUAGACAAUGAAUUCAAUUUCUCCAGAGUGGUUGAGCGAUACUCUGCCCUCCAUCAACCCAUCAUUGGAGUGAAGUUGCCCUCGGACAUUCUUGUAUCCGAGGAGCAUUACCCCUCAGUAAGUGCCCAUCGGUACGUCUACGAUGCCACUCUGAGGGCGCCCCUGCGUUAUUCUCCCGAUAUGAAGGCUUACGAACCCCCUGUUUGGCCAUACACGCUUCAUGCAGAGAUUCCUCAUGCCUGCGAAGAGCAUGCCCCUUAUACGUGUCCAUCGCGAUCCUAUUACUUAUGGGAGGUUCCCUCGAACGAAUUUUCUUCGCCCAUUCCAGGCGCAUGCCUGUCCUUGGAAAACUGCCCUGGUCAUCCUACUCGUAACUCGACCUUGUUCGUUCAAUUGUUAGAAACGCAAUUGCAACGCUCGUUGAAGACGAACCGCGCUCCGGUUGUAUUACAUAUCAGGAUCGAGACCCUGGAAAGAAGUCGAUCCCAUCGCUUGAGGCUGCUUCAAUGGAUCAAGGAUACCCUACAAACCCAUAGCGAUGUGUAUUUUAUCAGUGUUCGGAGGAUGCUUGAAUGGAUCUUGAGCGACAAUGGCAAAACCGAAUGGCAACCCAUUGGUAAGAGCGGGGUUUGCACGGCUGACUCGGUGAAGACCAACUGUGCUCCGGAGUAUAUCAAUCUUGAUGCGGAUGCCCAAACCUACUUUGGAAAUAGAGAAUUCUUGCCCUUUUGCCGUCAGCAGACCUUUAGCAACGUCGAAGAACCCCUUGGACAAGACUGAUAUGGACACUUCAGGGACAGAUUGGAUUAGCCUAUAUUUUAAAAUUUAUGUUUUUACGUUAUGGAAUAAAUGAUCUGGUAGCUA